AUGGGAAAAGUGAAUACGAACAAGUCCAAGAAGAAGGAGGUUUGUGGUGGUUCCACUGCAGCUCAGCUUACUUUGAAGAAGCGGAAGAACGAAGGGACGUUGUUAGCGAACAGAGACGUGAAUGCCAAGAAAUCAAAGAAGGUUGGGAAAAAGGAGUGGGAUAAGGAAGAUGAGAUUCGUUUGCUACAAGGUAUGAUAGAAUACAAAAAGCUACUAGGGAAGAAUCCUUUUGAUGAUUUCAAGAAAACUUACAGAUUCAUAAAGGAGUAUAUAAUAUAUAAGCCUGAUAGCCAAGACUUCGUAGAUAAGAUGAGGAAUUUUAAGAAUAAACUAAUGGAUCAAAGAAGGAUCAAAGCUAAAGUAUUGUCUUCCUCAAAAGCUUACAAGCAAACAAGUUCUAAAUUGGUUACACUACUUCGCGGAAAUGAUGAUGUGGGUCCUUCUACCGUUGAGAAACAAAAGAGGAGUAAGGAGAUUGCCAAGGUUGAGAAGAGAAGCAAGAAGCCGUGA